ACGGGCUGGACCAGGGGACGGUGGAGAGGGGUUGGCGAAUGAAUGAAUGAGCGAAUGAAUAAAUGAGUGGAGGCAUGAGGACACUGGCUGCACUGGAUCCAGGAUGGCUCCCUGGAGGAGGCGGGCUGGAGGCAGGGAGCAGGAGUCCCCUAUCCACAGAAACAGGAUUUGGCCUGCUGCGAUCCCCAUACAACUUGGCCACGUGGACGGGGCAACCCAUCUGCAGACCAGGCCCACAAGGCCCAGGUGCUGAGGGGACAGGCAGCUUUGCGGGUAUGAACUUGGAGUUGGGAGUCAGACGGCCUCGGUGACUUCGGACAUGUGACUUAAAAGUGACAUGUGAACUCUUUCCCAGUCCCUAAGGCCGCAUCACCUCUGUUCCUUCCCUCUCACGCCCUCCUGUUGUGCACCCCCUCCAGCUGCACCGCUCUCUUGCUCAUUUGAGUCUACUCCGAACUCUCCAUGGCUCCCACCUCACUCAGAGCAAAAGUCUGUCCUCCCGGAGGCCCACAAGGCCCGGCUCCCUCUGCCCUGUCCCCUCCCUGCCCCACCUCCCCCUGCUGUCCCCGUGAUUCACUCUUUUCCAACUACAUGGGCGUCCUUGCUGUUCCUCCAACAUGCCAAGCCCGUCCCCACCUCAGGGCCUUUGUACUGGCUGCUCCCUCUGCCUGGAACGUUCUUGCCUCCCAUCCUCAUGUGGAUACAUCUUCCUGUCCUUGAGGUCUCAGGUUCAGAGAGCCCCCUGACCCUGUCGAUAGAACUCGUGUCGGGUUAUUGUCUCCAUAGCACUAUUAGAAAUUAUAUUAGCCAUUUACACAUUUGCUUGCUCGUUGUGCAUCUUCCCCUCUGGACUGCAUGCUUCUGGACAGCAUGGACGGAGCCCCAGCUAGACUGUAGAAACAGGCAGCCCUUCCUCCCAGCAGACACAUCACCACACCAUGUCUGGUGCUUUGCACAGCGAACAACCUGUGUAACAGCACCUGCUGGCCCUAGUCAGAGGCCUUGCUUGAGUUAUUGAAAGCAUUAUCUAAAGUGGUGCAAGAAAUAUAGUAACCACCCAAAACAUAUUUGAAGGGAGGGACGGAGAAAGAAAGAAAGAAAGAGAGAGAGAGAGUGGGGAAAGGAAGGGGGAAAAGUCAGGACAAGUUUUGCUGCAGUAACAAACAACCCCAAAAGUCUCAGUGGCUGAACUCCAGGAAGAUGUAUUUUUUGCUCCUGCUGCAUGUGCGUUGCAGCUCAGCAGAGGUUCCAUCCACGAUAGUCACUCAGGGCCAGGCCUGAGCGAGCCGCCGCCGUCUCGCACGGGGUGGCCCGCCUGCCGGGGAGAGAGAGUCCUCGGAGGCUCGCGCUCCGGUAACUAGAUGCUGCAGCCUAGAAGUGUCGCGUGUCCCUUCCUCUCACGAGUCCAUUUGCCCGGUGCUCCGGAGGGGAGAGCCGGACGCUGUUCCCGGGCAGCACCAGUGACCGCGACUGAGAAAGAGGAGAGGCGCCGGCGCGCGGACCUCCGCGUUCCCGCCUGCGGGAUAGGCACGAGCCUGGCCCCACGAAGCCCCGCGCGGCCCGCCGCCCCUGAGCCCGCUCCCGCCCGCAGGUCCCCGCGCGCGCCCUCCGCUCCCGCUCAUGCCGCUGGGACUGGGGCGGCGGAAGAAGGCGCCGCCUCUGGUGGAGAAUGAGGAGGCCGAGCCGGGCCGUGGCGGGCUGGGCGUGGGGGAGCCGGGGCCGCUGGGCGGCGUGGCAGGGGGGCCCCACGCGGGCCUGCCGCCGCCGCCGCCCGCGCUGCGGCCCCGCCUCGUCUUCCACACGCAGCUGGCCCACGGCAGCCCCACCGGCCGUAUCGAGGGCUUCACCAACGUCAAGGAGCUCUACGGCAAGAUCGCCGAGGCCUUCCGGCUGCCGGCCGCCGAGGUGAUGUUCUGCACCCUCAACACCCACAAAGUGGACAUGGACAAGCUCCUGGGGGGCCAGAUUGGGCUGGAGGACUUCAUCUUCGCCCAUGUCAAGGGGCAGCGCAAGGAGGUGGAGGUUUUCAAGUCGGAGGAGGCGCUGGGGCUCACCAUCACGGACAACGGAGCCGGCUACGCCUUCAUCAAGCGCAUUAAGGAGGGCAGCGUGAUUGACCACAUCCAGCUCAUCAGCGUGGGGGACAUGAUCGAGGCCAUCAACGGGCAGAGCCUGCUGGGCUGCCGGCACUACGAGGUGGCCCGGCUCCUCAAGGAGCUGCCCCGGGGCCGCACCUUCACGCUGAAGCUCACGGAGCCCCGCAAGGCCUUUGACAUGAUCAGCGUCCGCUCCGGGGGUGGCCGCCCUGGUGCUGGCCCCCAGCUGGGCACUGGCCGAGGGACACUCCGGCUCCGAUCGAGGGGCCCUGCCACGGUAGAGGACAUGCCCUCGGCCUUCGAGGAGAAGGCCAUUGAGAAGGUGGACGAUCUGCUGGAGAGUUACAUGGGCAUCAGGGACACGGAGCUGGCGGCCACCAUGGUAGAGCUUGGAAAGGACAAAAAGAACCCAGAUGAGCUGGCCGAGGCCCUGGACGAACGGCUUGGUGACUUCGCCUUUCCUGAUGAGUUCGUCUUUGACGUCUGGGGGGCCAUUGGGGACGCCAAGGUUGGCCGUUACUAGACCUCCCACUGGACCUCGUGAUGACCUGGGCCUGGCCUGGUGGGAGACCCCAGUGGGGGGACGCCACAGCCCAGACCCCAGCAUCUGUCUUGGGCCUGGCUCAGCAGGCCGAGGCGAUGUGGAGCGGAGGUGGGGCCGCGCCCCUGCCCCACUCCAAUCGGUACCACCCCCUCCCUGGUUCCCAGCCUGGCUGGGGCCCCUGGCCCCCCCUGCCCUCUUCCCCACCUACCUCAGCUGGGUCAGGCGUGAGGAGGGACUGGCCGGAUUGGGCGGCCACCCCCGCCCCCAACACUUCCCGCAUCUGCUGCCAAACUGGUCCUCUGUCUCCCUGGGGCCUCGGGUUCUGUUUGGGGGUUGUGACCUCCCUAGUUUCCUGACGCAGGGAAUGCAGAAGGGGGGCGUCCCCCUCAGCAAAUGCAAUAAUGCCCCCCACCCCAGAGAGGAGCCCCCUCGCCAUGGAGUCUGUUACCUUCACGUUUGAAACAUGAGUCUGCUGUGAACGCUCCAACCUCCCCCACCCCCGGCUCCCUCAGCCGGGCCCGGGGGGGAUGGGACGAGAGGGACGAUGGCGGUGGGCUUUUGUAUCUGAAUUUACUGUCUUGAACAUAAAGAAUCUAUCUGCUGUU